CUUUGCCACACGCUCAGCCAUUUUGUAGGAAACUCAGAGGGACACAUUCUACCAGAUACACUUUGAGAGCAACUUGCAGGACUUUAGAAUAAAAUUCUCAUUUUCAGGAUCUCACACAGACGUCUUCUUAAUUUUCAGGUAGUCUGAGUGAUUACCACAGGAUGUCUCUUGGGGGUGGAAAGAAGUGUGGCUGCUGUCAGAAGAUGGUCUAUUUUGCAGAGGAAAUUCAGUGUGAGGGACAGAGUUUCCACAAGUCCUGCUUCCUGUGCAUGGUCUGCCGGAAGAGCCUAGAUAGUACUACUGUGGCCGUCCAUGACAAUGAGGUCUACUGCAAGACUUGCCAUGGCAAGAAAUUUGGGCCAAAAGGCUAUGGCUAUGGUGCAGGUGCUGGAACCCUAAGUAUGGACAGAGGAGAGUCACUGGGAAUGAAACAAGAAAUUACUCAGCCACACCAGCCCACCAAUAACCCAAACACCUCCACGUUGUCCCAGAGGUUUGGGGGAUCUGAUAUAUGUCCAAGGUGUAGCAAACCAGUGUAUGCUGCUGAAAAGGUCAUUGGAGCAGGAAAAUCAUGGCAUAAAAGCUGCUUCCGUUGUGCAAAAUGUGGGAAGGGGCUAGAAUCCACUACACUCGCAGACAAAGAGGGAGAAAUCUACUGCAAAGGUUGCUAUGCCAAAAACUUUGGACCAAAGGGAUUUGGGUAUGGCCAAGGUGCUGGAGCUCUUGCUCAUACGCAAUAAGGCAGCUCAAACCCACUCUCCAGUCCAUACUCCUUAUUUGUACUUGUCUAGAGAAGCAUCUGUCUGAUGAUUUAAUGAUGUGUUAUAUUGCAUUAAGUCUUAUUACCAUGAAUAAAUUUAAAAAAUAAAUAUCAAAUUCAUUGCAUAACAAUGACCAUUUUUAGAUGUCCUGUUAUGAAUGAAAGAUAAAGAUUGCUGAAGAUAAAA